AAACAAGUCAAAGAAGAGUCGGACCUAUAAAAGACGGGACAGACUCCUGAAUUUCACACGCUCGACGACGGUUCAGUAAGCAAGUAGUUCGAUAAUCUAAAUCAAUCUCGAUCGCAACUAUGACCAACUUAAUAAAGUGUAUUUUGGCCCUGUCUGGUUUGAUGACCUCUUUUGCCUCCGUCCAGCUGCCGUCCAGCACCAAUGGCUUCCAAUCCUCUCCCUUCAAUUUUUACUAUCAUGCAACGCCCCCGACCCUAAACUCCCCAACCUCUGAACACGACAUGGCCUAUCACGAUUACCCUACAUCAACGCUCUUGGGGCGACACAUUGUAAUCCUAACAAUAAGCCUGAGGGAUUGGAGAGAUACACAACGCCAAUUGAACGAAGCCCUGGCCGGGAUUGAAACUUUAAAAAAUGAACUGAACGUCGUUAAACAAGAUGCACAAAGUUCAAAGUCCAAGAUCGAAGAAUUGACAAUGAGUACGGCCGCCUCAUCCAUCGGCAGAAUGCCCGGCUCAUGCGGCGACCUCCAGCAAAUUGGCCACAAGAAAAGCGGAUUGUUUUCCAUCAUGGAAAGCAACAAAAUCGUAAACGUCUAUUGCGAUUUUACUAAACCAUCAAACGAUCCAGCAGCUUUGCAAAAAUGGAUCGGAUAUACGGACGUGAAAUCCCUCCCCACCUAUUUCUACGCUCAGAAAAGAAGUGAUUUCUCGACCUUGGGAGUUGCAAUUCCAUUCGAACUCGAGACACUCAACGUCGGCGGAGCCAUGGAUAUAAACACAGGCAAAUUCAAAGCACCACGCAAAGGAGUCUAUUUCUUUGUCUUCAGCGGAGUUGGCGUAAUAGCUCCUGGACGUGGUUUUCUCGAUGUGGGGUUGAUGGUGAAUGGCGUUCACUUCGGGAGAGCAAACUGUGAUUCCAAUACAGGCAAUGAAUGGGAAACUCUUUCGUUCCAGUCGACGAUCCAACUCAAAGCGGGAGAUUCAGUUUGGUUGCAGAUCGUAGGCCAGGAAUCUCCAACAAACAUUCUGACAGACAGAGGCACUGAUGGUCAAUUUACCCACUUUUCUGGUUGGUUGCUACAGGAAGAACUUUCUCUGUAGUCAAACUCCCAUUUUCUUACUUUUGGAAUUCUGGUGGUGGUGGUGGUGUACGGUAUUAUGGCGCGCCAUUUACGACAACAUUUGUUGGCACUGUCAAAGAAAUCUAAAAAAAUAUACACGGUGAAAGGAA